AUUCAUUCCUGCUCAUAACGAUCGUUGAAUCAUUCAAUCUAAGAAAUGCGUAGCUUAAGCACCAUUUUGUGUCUUACGGUUGUUGUUUUCGCAGUAGCUGAAACAGCAAAUGAUGCUACCACGGCGACAAACAUCCCGAACGGCAUUCAAAAGCUAUUUGACGAAGUUCAGCUGCCCUGCGCUCCGAGAGCUGUACUGAAUCGCCCUUGUUAUUUUUGCAAAUGCAACGUACACGGAGAUCGACAACACUGCAUCUACACGUGCAGCCCUACCAGUGGAAAUCCGAACAUGCCAGGAACAAAAGUAUGCAACGCCGAAGAUAAAAUUCAACAAGGAUGCAAACGGUGCCGCUGCAGCAACGGGCAUCUGUUCUACGAUUGUUUCCUAGCUUUACGGUGCAACGGCGGAGCCGAGACGGAGGAACCCAAUGAUUUCUAAUGCAUAACACAAUACUUACAUCAUUGAAUCGUAAAUCGAUGGCCACCAACUUGGGAUAAGCGAUGAGUGUUGCCAGCGAAGCCAAAUUUUUUAUUCCGUUGUGCCUCAAACGAAUAAUAAAGCAAACGUGACCGAUUU